CCAAGUAAUGGUGAGGAGUUUAAUAACAUCUGCUUUUGGUCCAUCAACGAUAAUCAUGAUUUUGAAGUUUCAAAUGACAUCUGUAAUAGGAAUGGCGGUCACUUAGUAGCGAUUUCAAGUGCAGAAAUUUUCAAUUUUCUAUUAUCAAAACGAAAAAGAUGGGGCAUGUUAUACUCAAGUGUAUGGAUCGGCGUUCAUGACAAAUACCAGAAGAGAGUAUACGUUAACAUGCUGAAUGAGACACAGACUUAUUUACACUGGAAGACAGGAGAACCGAACACAGAGCCAGGGCGUCACUGCGUCGUUAUGGAACACGACUCAAGUUACUGGGCAACGUACCAUUGUCAUGAUAAAAGACAGGCCAUCUGCUCUUUGCAGGGAAAUGCCUCAGCUCAGACCAGCUCUGUCUUCUACUCACAGACCACAACCAUUGCAACGAGCGCAGAUCAAACACACAGUACAAACACCCCAACCAGUGAGGCACCAACAAGUGAGGUUAUCCAAUCUCAGACCACAACAACAAGUCAAUUUAAAAAUUGUGAGUGUCCUUGCAGAACAUACCUUCAGGAGAAUACAGAGGAAUUCAAACGAAAGCUGGCUUUCCUUAAAGCCAAGCUAAAGAUAAAUAAAGCCGAGUUGUCGAGUUCGAUACGAAGAAGAACUUCCGCCUCCGACACUCGGACCACGGCCACCGCCAUCGGCAGUACACUCGGCUUAGGACUCAUUGUUACAUUUAUUUUAUGCAUUGUUAUUAGUGACAUUUCAAUUCUACUGAACCAAUUUAAAUUGUAUUGGAUAUGAAACAUUUUCCCCAGCUGUUGUAAUUUUUAAUGGGUUUUGUUUUGUCUGCAAACAAAGUUACGAAAAUAAGACAUUUUUUUCU